AUGGCUCUCACCUUCGACGAUGGCCCCUUUUCCUACACAUCGCAAAUUCUCGAUAUUCUCGACAAUCUCAACGUGCAAGCGACAUUUUUCGUCGCUGGUAAUAACAAGGGCAAGAAAAGGAUUGACGAUACCAAUACGGCUUGGCCUGCAGUUCUGAGACGCAUGCAUGCUGCCGGCCAUCAGAUCGCAAGUCAUUCUUGGUCUCAUCGCAACCUCAACCAAGUGAACAGCACAAUUCAGCGUACUGAGAUCAUCUACAACGAAAUGGCCUUCCGUAACUUGUUUGGCUGGUUUCCCACGUACUUUCGCGCUCCAUUCCUUGAGUGCUCUACGGCUUCAGGCUGUCAAAGCCUCAUGAAGACCCUUGGAUACCAUUUACUUGGCGUCAAUGUUGAUACCAAGGACUACAUGUACGACAGCCCAAGCCUGAUACAAACGGCGAAAGACCGCUUUUCCCAGGCAGUGUCUCAAGAUCCUACGAGAAAGGGCUACAUCGUUCUUGCCCACGACGUACACGUCCAGACCGUCGUCAAUCUGACACAGUACAUGAUCGAGACGUCAAAAGCACGCGGCUAUCGCCUGGUUACCGUAGGAGAGUGCCUCGGGGAUCCCAGAGCGAAUUGGUAUCGACCCGUUAACCCGAGCCCAACCACGACAAGGACAAGCGCCACAACUGUCUCAUCACGAACAUCCGCCACUGCCAUACCAACGUCGAACUCUGGUCUUAAAAUAUCACCUGACCAGACAUGCGGUGGUGGCGCCGCCGGCUUCACCUGCCAGGGCUCCAAGUAUGGAAAUUGUUGCUCUUUCUACGGCUUCUGGUGA